AUGGCGCCGCAGUCUCGCAUCUUUCUGACACGCCACUCGCAGGCCGAGCACAACGUGGCGGACGACUACUCGAUCCCGGAUGCGCCGUUGACGGCCUUGGGCAAGCAGCAGUCGGGGCGACUUCCUUCGCUGACGCAGGAGCUGCAGGCGCGUGCGCAGGUGAUCCUCUCGUCGGCGCUCAAGCGCACGCUGCAGAGCACCAAGAUCGGCUACGCGCCUGCCAUCGAGCGUCUGGGUGGUCUGAGUAAGGUGGUGCUGCUGCCGCAGCUGCAGGAGUGCAACGACUUCCCCUGCGACACGGGUUCGGCCAAGGAGGUGCUCGAGCGCGAUCCGGAGCUGCAGGGCUUUGACUUUUCGCCGCUCACGCCCGACUGGACGAGCAAGCAGGGCUUCUACGCCGCCGACCAGGCGUCGCUCAACAACCGUGCGCAGUGGGUGCGUCAGUACCUCCGCAGCAGACCCGAACAGGAUAUCGUCGUCAUGGCACACGGCGACAUCCUGCGUAGAAUCACCGGCGAGCCCUACCCCUGGAAGAACGCCGAGGUGCGACUGUUCCAGUUUGACCCGGCCUCGGUCGACUCGGACGCCUGCCCGCUGGUGCAUGUUCAGGACGUUGCCACCGGUGGUGCGGUCGCCGAGCCCACGUCGGGCGACAUGGCUGCUGCCGAGAAGAACACCAAUUCUGCUCUGCCAGCGAUUCCGGUCUCGAAUUCGGGUUCGCUGCACGACUUUGUAUCGCCAGCAGCAGCUGCAGUGCCCGCCACGGCUGGGGCAACGACCAAGAGUGCCGAGCUGAGCAAGAUCGAGGAGCGCGUCCGCCAGCGUCAGUCGAUGCUGCUCGAACAGACCAACGAGCUGCAGCAGCUCGAAAAGCGCCUUGCGGCCGCCGAGGAGCGCAAAAGGCAGCUCGAAUCGCGCGGUGGCUUCAUCUGA